AGGAGUGUCUUCGUCAACAAACAAUAUAGAGAUUGUGUAGUGCCAAGGAAGAGAGGGAAAGAAAGAGAAGUAGCCGACAAUAACUUUUAACUUGAGCUAAAAGUAUUAUAUACUGCGUGCUUAGGAAAGUUAUAGUUUCUAUAUGACUAACAAGCAAUAUGUUUUUGUGAAAAUACUCGUUAUUGUUAAUUAAGCAAGUAGUAGGCAUUACCAGUACUUACUUGAGUAACUACUAAUAGUAAUAGUACUGUGUAGUGUUAGUACUCACUUGUAAUACUACUGCUAAGCAUAAUUUCAUUGUUUAUUUCUUUUUGCUACGCUUGUGCCACGAACACCCUUCUCCCAGCUAGUAAAAUAAGUUACAGUUGACAAAGAGCAUGAAUAAAUCGAAAGGUUUGGUGCAAAGAAAAAACAUUGCUUCAUCUUCUCAGUCCAGUGAUCGCGAUGGCUUAGGAUCAUACGAUAAGGAUGAGGAUCAAGAUAAAAAAUAUAUAGAAAGUGAAGAAGAUGUUGAUGCUAAAGAAACUCGUUUAACUUUGAUGGAGGAAGUUCUCCUGUUGGGAUUGAAAGAUAAAGAGGGCUACACAUCCUUUUGGAAUGAUUGUAUAUCGUUUGGGCUUCGAGGGUGUAUACUUAUAGAACUGGCUUUAAGAGGGAGAAUAGAACUUGAGAAAGCUGGGAUGCGGAGGCGUAGCCUUUUGGUGAGAAAGGUUUUAAUCAAAAAUGACACACCCACUGGUGACGUCUUGUUGGAUCAAGCUUUGAAACACAUUAAGGAGACUAGUCCUCCAGAGGCCUUACAGAGUUGGAUUGCAUAUCUUAGUGGUGAAACCUGGAACCCUCUAAAGCUACAUUAUCAACUUCGAAAUGUGAGGGAGCGCCUAGCCAAGAAUCUGGUAGACAAAGGUGUACUGACUACUGAAAAACAGAAUUUUCUUCUCUUUGACAUGACAACACACCCACUGACUGAUAAUACUGCAAAGAACAAAUUGGUAAAGAAGGUUCAAGAAGCUGUUUUAGGAAGAUGGGUGAACGAUCCCCACCGCCUGGACAAAAGAAUACUUUCUUUGGUUUUGCUGGCCCAUUCAUCAGAUGUUUUAGAGAAUGCAUUCUCUCCUUUGUCUGAUGAUGAUUAUGAAGUGGCUAUGAAACGUGUGAGUGAACUAUUACAUUUAGACAUGGAAAAUGAAAGUAUGAAACCCAAUACUGUUGAAUUGAUGUGGGGGGUGUUUGCUGCAUUUACUAAGUGAUGGGUUUAAGUGUUUGAUAGAGGAAUAUAUUUUAUUAUUUCUACAUCUUUAUUGAACAAUUUAUGGGCUGAUGUGUUUUUCACGUGUCUUUUCUUUUUCUAUUUCAGUAUCCAUAGACUUGGAUGAUAGGCACAUUAUUAUUACUGUAUUUAAAUUUAGCAGGGGAAUCACUGGGAGUGGAGCAUUUCUACAUACAAUACUUUAUAUUGAUCUAAGCAUAUGUGUAUAAAAGCAACCUGGUGUGAUGCUUCUUUCACAUCACAUUAGAUACACUUAGAUAUGUUACAUAAUGCCAGAUGUAAAUAUUUGUUAAUCUGUGAUUAAAGAGACAAGUACCUA